AAUACCAUAAAAAUAACAACGCCAGCCACACAGGCUCUGAGAGAGAGAGAGAGAGAGAAGUGGUUCAGAAACACACGUCGUUGAGAGAGAUAGGUGGGUCAGAAACACACGUCGUGUUCAGGCAAUAUCCAUGUGCCCACAUGGGAUGAUAUAGUCUAGAGACUAAAAGAGAGAGAGAGAGAGUUACUCUGUUACUGAUACUACUACUACUACCUGUAGACAGACAUCAUUAUAAUCCACAGCAGUCAGCACCACCACAACCACAACCACAACCACAACAACAAUGAGCAGCGAUAGUUAAGUGAAAAAACAUAGACACACACAAAAAGACACAAACUAUCAAUCAGAACCCGUUACUCUUUUUGUACCUUAACCGUUGAACUUUGACACGACCAACAUAGAGAGAGAGAGAGAGAUGAAGGAGAAGAGUGAAAGUGGAGGUGGGUAUGUGAGAGCGGAUCAGAUAGAUCUGAAGAGCUUAGACGAGCAGCUUCAGAGACAUCUAAGCAGGGCAUGGACUAUGGAAAAGAACAAGAAGAGAGAGGAAGAUCAGCAAGAGCAAGAAGCAGCAAGGUCCACUGUCACCAGGAGGCAAGAGUGGGAGAUUGACCCCUCUAAGCUCAUCAUCAAGGCUGUCAUAGCUCGUGGAACUUUCGGCACCGUUCACCGCGGCAUUUAUGAUGGUCAAGACGUUGCUGUUAAACUUCUUGAUUGGGGGGAGGAGGGCCACAGGUCAGAUGCUGAAAUAGCUUCUCUUAGAGCUGCUUUUACACAGGAGGUUGCUGUUUGGCACAAGCUUGAACAUCCUAAUGUAACAAAAUUUAUUGGGGCAACAAUGGGUUCAUCAGAGCUAAACAUACAAACAGAUAAUGGCCACAUAGGCAUGCCGAGUAAUAUUUGUUGUGUUGUAGUGGAGUAUUGUCCUGGCGGUGCUCUAAAAUCUUACCUCAUAAAGAACCGAAGAAGGAAGCUAGCUUUUAAAGUAGUUGUCCAACUUGCACUGGAUCUUGCAAGAGGGAUGAGCUAUCUUCACUCCCAGAAGAUUGUCCACAGAGAUGUUAAAACAGAGAAUAUGCUUCUGGACAAGACACGCACUGUUAAAAUAGCUGAUUUUGGAGUUGCUCGUAUUGAGGCUUCAAAUCCUAAUGACAUGACUGGCGAGACUGGAACCCUUGGUUACAUGGCACCGGAGGUUCUCAAUGGCAAUCCAUAUAACAGGAAAUGUGAUGUGUACAGUUUUGGCAUAUGCUUGUGGGAGAUAUACUGCUGUGAUAUGCCGUACCCUGACCUCAGCUUCUCGGAAGUAACAUCAGCUGUUGUUCGCCAGAAUCUGAGGCCAGAGAUACCCCGUUGUUGCCCAAGCUCUCUUGCAAAUGUAAUGAAGCGAUGCUGGGAUGCUAACCCUGAUAAACGGCCAGAGAUGGAUGAGGUAGUGACCAUGUUGGAGGCCAUUGACACGUCGAAGGGUGGGGGUAUGAUCCCAAAUGAUCAGGCUCAGGGUUGUUUAUGUUUCCGAAGGUAUCGUGGGCCUUGAAAUAUUUCAACUCCUUGAAGCUGGUGAUAUGCAACAAAGUCAUAAGAGUUCUGGAUCCAAUUUGUAUCUUAUUCAAAAUUAAAAGGUUGAAAAUGAAGGGAAAAGCAAACUGUGGAGGCUAAAAGCUAAGAGAAGCUCUCCAAUAUUUGUUACUCUAUUGGACUAUAGAUUUUGUAAAGCUGUUUUUUUCUUUCUCAUAAUCUUUUCUCUUACUUUGAAAAUUUUAAUACAUAAUAGUUUAGUUGCUAUGAUCAUAGGGCUUAUCUGUUCUAACAAACGGGCCUGCACUGACACACACAUUCCUGAGUACCUGAUGGCUCAACUCUAUGGAGGUUAUGAACUGUUGUACUUGAUAAUAGUUGUUUAUCAUGCCCUUUUUGAGGUCA